AUGGGUGAAGUCAACAUUGACCAAGCUAUUAAUUUGAUAUCUUCUGGAAGACUCAAAGAUCGUACAGAUGGUCUUGAAGAUCUAAAACAUAUUUUGCUUCAAAACCGGCGCUCCCCCAGGCUGGCCUCUUUGAAUGAUAAAGUAUAUCACAGCAUUUUUGAAACACUCUUUCGAUUUAUUGCUAUUGAAAAAUCGAGCCUUAGCAAAGCAAGCCGAGUUGUUUCGAAAACUCAGGCGGCAAACAGGCUAGCAAAAUGCGCUGGUGUCAUUCGGACAGCAGCUGAAGUUUCUUUGCGGCAGCUCAGGACCAAAACUGUUAUUGCUCUGGUUAACCAUGUAAUUGAUUCACUGACAGUCCCCGGGGAGGGAUUAUGGGAAUCUCUUAGCACUGACUACAUCAAAACUUUGCGAGUUAUUCUCCAAUACCCGCCCCAUGUCGAACAUCUCUCUAAGGAUAUCUGGUGCGACCUCCUCGAUUUUUGUCUCCAGGGGAUUGGGCUCGUGAAGGAUGGUAAUCCACUGCAGAUGAGCAUCCGUAGCGGCCGAUCGGUCCCGCCUGAAGAAUUAAGCCAAAGCAAUCGCUCUUCUCCUAACCCUACAACCACAUCAUCACACCCACCAAUGAAGCAUGAUUCGAGGGGAAGUUCGGAGGACUUUGAAAUAUGCAUCCAGCUAUUGGUCUCCUGCUCAGGAAUGCCUAUACUUGGAGCUGCACCUAAGCUGUUUCAUAACCUAACAAAGUACCUAUCGUCAUUAAACCCAGUGGGAAGUGUACCCCAUGCAGCCUUCAAUGCGCUCAACACGGCUCUCUCUAUUGUUAUUAUAGAGAAUGUGACCCUUGCUCAAGAUAUCCUCUGUGACCUGAUACCAACAAUUAGACGAUACUGGGCAACCAAGUCAGUAAUGUUGAAAGAAGAGAUGUUGGCUACUCUCGUUAUAGGCAAGGAAGUUUUGUGCAGAAGAGGCCAGGUUCUACGACCAGAAUUAGACAUUGAAAUUUUUCAAAACAUCCUAGACCGGCUGCACUUGGAAUACAUUCGUCUCCCUGAGAGGGAAAUACUGCAGACUGACGACCUGAACUUCUCUUUGCACCCGGUUUCUUCACAAGCUGGCAUACAGUUUAUCUCACCGAAUUUACGAGCGCCGAAAGCCAUUCAAAACUGGACUAUUUUAUCACUUAUAGCUACAUUUUCAAGAUUUGUAGAUGAGUAUCACUCGCGUGAGAAACGCAAGUUGGAAGCGGAGGUGAUAUUGAAUAAAAAACAACACCUCCUCUCGAGAACUGACGAUAUCUUUCGUGAUGCCUCACGGGCAGCGGGAAUGAGUCGUAUUUGCGCUCUACAGCUCAUACCUUUCAUUGUUUCUGAAGCUGAGCCAGAACUUGGGACCAUUUCAAUACUACUUGAGCAGCUAAUUAAAAACAUACUCGAUGACAAUAUUGUGGUUGCGUCAUGGAGUAUUGUUGCUAUUGCAAGCAUCACGUCCUGUGAGAAUGCCAAAUCCGAUAAACUAAAGGGCAGAUGGCUUCAGGCCUGGGAAUUAAACGUACGACACAUUUCAUCACCAGCGAUCUCAAGAGUCGUUUGCCAUUUCAUGAGCGUUUCUAUGCAUUCCAAACUAUUACAUUACUCGGAUAUUGCCCACACACUCGAUUCCCUGGUUUCUUCUGCCGACCUAAAUGGUCCUGCUAGCCUUAACGACUCUGCUCUAUGCCUUUGGGUCAAUGUUCUGGAGUUAUGGUCCCAAGUAAAUGCUACCCAGAGCCAAGGCCUCACAAAACAAGCUUGUGGAUGGUUAAGGAACAAAUGGGUUCUAGUUCCAACAGAUAGAACUCAAACUAGCCAUAUGGCAGCGUUUGCUCGCCCACUUCCUCUCCUUAAUCUUUUAAUGUCUUGCUCAGGAAUAUCCGUACCGACUCUUGAUUUGCCUUUCAUAGGCCCAAUGAACCGCAUUUCGAGAAUAUGGGUAUCUUUGCAACAAAAUUCAAAAAUUAUCAAUUACUUAUUGCUCACCGAAAGCAAUAAAUCUUCUCUCUUAGACAUACGGGAAACCGUGUCUGUCUACGCUGCUCCUCGUCAUCAUCCCUCCGAAACACUAAUUCUUGACCUUCUGCAAAAUAAACUCGAUGCCUUCUAUCAGGUGUGGACUGCUCUUUGUACGGAUAAGGGGCACCAUGUGACAAUGGAGAUUAUUCAGAUUUUGACUUCAAUAUGCGUAGUCUCGAACAUUUUAACGGAAUUCAUACAAUCACGGACACUUAGGUGUCAAAAUAUCCAAGAAUCUGUUGGCAAGCUAUGGGAAGGUCUAUGUGACAAAUUUUGCAGGGAUGAGGAGCAUCUUAACGCAUGUUUGGAGGUUCUCGCUCCUCUGGCUCUUUCAUUGAAAGCCCCGUUCGACCCAAACAAUGUUAUCUUGCGAGGCCUCGUCAAAAUGGCAGGAUUGCUUGUUCCUAUCCUGGAACGUUACAGACUCUCUGACGAAAUGAAUUCUCAGGCCAGCGACGUUAUGGAUCUUGACACGGACUUUUCACUUCAAAGACCUUCUACCGCAGAGACAUGUGUUAUUUCAAACACAUAUCGAGGAGAUAACGGUAUUCCAUUAUUCCCCGAUACUUCAUCUGUUAGAAUUGCGACCUCUAUCCAACUUGCAAUUAUCCACAAAAUUCGGCUGGAUGAAGAACCCUGCUUGCUCCUAGAUGAUAUAGUCACCGGGUAUAUCACAACAUUAACGGAAACGGAUAUCUUGGUUGGCUGGAGAUAUAUUAUUGGUAUUCUCAAAGGAAAGCCUGAUAUCUCAAGAAUUAACGCUUGUAGAAUAAUAGAACAUUUCGGAGAAAAAUGUCUAGAGUCUUAUGAGCUCGAAGGGUGCGAGGCCGCAAUCUGCGCUUGUAUAAGCCUUGUGGGUUGUUUUGUAGACCUUUGGACUGCAAACGAACGGGAUGAUCUGUUCGAAUCUGCCUCUGAGCUUUAUACGUGGUUCACUGGCGUCCUAUUGGGAGAAGGUCUUGGGUCCUCUAAAAUACUUAUACGGCUUGCAGAUCUCUCGGCAGCAAUCCUACGAGUAAAUCCGUCCUACUUGAAAGAUACCCGGCAGGUGUCUCCUCGAAUGACCUUUUUCAGAAUCCUGCAUGAUGGUGAUCUGGUUGUGAAAUUUCAUAUAUCAAAUCUUAUACCUGAUAUAUUCAGUCGAUUUGUGCUGAAAGAACACGAUGCUAUUCUCGACGAUGUUAUUGAUAGGUUGCCUCAGGACUCAACAUGGACUGAAGGUAUUGCACUGCGCCUAUACCUCUUUGCGCAGCUUGCCUCUCGCUGGCAUACUCUUCUCCGGCAAGGUAUUUACCGUAUUUUUGAAACAUCAGGAAACGUCCCCGCAUCUAUCCCCCAUGCGAAGGCGUGCCUUCAGGAUGUUUCAAAGGCACUUGGCCUAAAUGGUCCGAAAGAAGUCUUCCAGCUAUUCACACCACAGAUUCUCUAUACUUGGAUGGACAAGGAGUCUGUAACCGAUAUCCCAUUUGCAGUUUUUGGAUACCCAACACUUCGUGAGCUCCUCCUUGAUAUCCAGGAUGAAGUUAUAGGCCAGACGGCAAUGAGAGUUAAGGAAGACGACAAGAAUGCCAUAGCAUCCUGCCUGGAGAAGUCAUUCGAGGACUUGUUAUGUGAAUCCUUUUACAAGGCUGAGGCAUAUAGCGUGGCUCGUGACAUUAGUUUACCCCCUUCCCAAGAGGUAGGAGCCAAGGGAGCGGAGCGUGGUAUGAUUAACCUCCUUGGAAAAGAGAAAUUUUUUCAAUUGUCAGAGAAAUUUUUCCCUCAGACAGUUGCCACUCUUUUCGGAAGUAUUGACCAAACAGAACAGAUUCAGAGGGCAUUCGAGAAACGACCAUCAUUUAACCAUGCAUUGAAAACCUGGCAAAAUAUACAUGAAAGGAGCCAUUCCACGUCGGUUCUUCCUCUAAGUCAACAGCCAUGCUUCCGCGCAAGAUAUCUACUCGAUGAAAUAGAAUUUCUGUGCAAGAGAAGUGGCUUUGAUAUUGACACUAUGUGGACACCAUCGCUAGUUUGUUUUGUUGCAAGAACGCUUUUGGAUUCGACACAUCCUGCCCUUGGCUCUCUACAUACGUGUGCCGUUAUUCGCAAGCUCAAAAUUUUGAUUUGUGUGGCAGGCCAAAUAUUACUUUAUGACUAUCCACUUGAGAUGCUUCUACAUGGACUACGGCCAUUUCUUACCGACUUUCAUUGCGCUGAGGAUGCAAUAGGACUUGUUUGGUAUCUGAUUGAACAUGGUAAAGCAUAUCUCACUGACAAUCCUUCGUUUACUGCUGGCUUGGCCGUUUCAACCUUAGCAUCCCUUCGAGAAUUCUUAUCUGCACCUCAAGAAAGCACUACCCGAAGAGCACAGUUUAAAGCAACGCUAUCCAAAGCGCACGAGUUUCAUGUUUGGUUUUCAGAGUUCCUGGACACCUAUAAUCCUUCAACUGAGUACAGCGCUCUCGACGAACUGUCUACGAAGUCCUUACGCACUAUUAUUCACGCAUCCCAGAACAUUCAGCUUCUUGGGAACGGCAUAAAAGGUACAUACGAAAGCGAGCUUAUCUUGGAAUUAUUGAGGGAUAAAAUCUCAGGACGCAACUUGUUAACAACCCAUACGAGUAAUCUUGUUUUAUCGCAGCUAUGUCAUAACUUCCAAAGGCCAGACACCUUCCGAGAUGACAUUUUAGGCGAAGAUGAUGUUGCCGCUUCCCAUGCCAUGACUCUAUGGACCUCCGUCGAAAACCAAACUCAAGGUAAAGGCUUUCGACUAUGGGUAGCCCGAGCACUUGGUCGCGCAUACGCAUCAACAGGCGUAGUAAGCCCAUCGUUCCGCAAGGAACAAAGAUCUGAGUUUCUAAACUAUUCCCGUGAUGGCUUUCUUGCUGGCUCAAAAAUCUCUAUUCUACGUAUAUUGUGUGAUUCGCUCUCGAACAGCAGUGGUCCUGUUGGGCUAGCUGAAAGAACCCUACAAGUAAUCUUGAACAACCUUGCAGGUGAACCUCGGUCAGACGAAUGCAUACAGAUUAUACCCCCAACUCUGCUUAAAGCCUUAAUAUGGGAACCGUAUCAGUGCCCGAAGCUUACGUUUUCAGCAUCCACAACGGCAUCUUUUCUGACUCUACCACACUGGGAUGUAGCCACCACUGCUUCCGACUUUGCUCAACACUUAGCACUCUUUUUAUGCCACCAGGUAACCAAGGAUGCGGUCAUCGGGGCUUUAUCAAAGAUCGUCUUCACAGCUCCCUCUUUUGCAGUCCAACUUCUUCCGUACAUUCUUCAUGAUGUGUUACUAUCUGAAAUUGAUGGUAAUCAAAAAACGAGAAAUGAAGUUUCAACUCUAUUUAAAGGGGUACUCCAAAGCAAAGAUGACUUUAUUCUACCCCAUGUUCGACUAAUUAUAACGUGCAUACUCUAUCUUCGGCACCAACCCCUACCGCGAGAAACUACUAUGAGUGAAAGAGAUGGCUGGCUUGAUAUAGACUUCAUGCUAGCUGCGACUGCAGCUACUCGAUGUCGGAUGUAUAAGACAUCACUACUAUUUUUAGAGAUUUACCACUCUCAGAUCGCGAAAGCAUCUAGACGAUCCUCAGCAGCCAUGAUGACAGAGCCUACUGAUCUCCUCCAUUGCAUAUUUUCAAACAUUGAUGAUCCAGACUCCUUCUAUGGUAUCCAACAAAACCAGUCUCUAGACUCUGUACUGAAGAAGUUAGAACAUGAAAGCUCUGGGCUCAAGAACUUGUUUUUCCAGAGUGCAAACUUCGAUACUGAUCUUAGGUUAGGCCGCGGUAUAGACGAUAGAGGAGGCAUUGAAAUGAUCAAAGCGCUCAAUUACACCAACCUACAAGGCCUAUCUAGUGCCAUGUUUCGCUCAUCCAUGCCAACUCGUUCUGGCAAUGAGGCUUUUGACUACAUGCUUUCUACCAAUAUAUACCUACAGCAAUGGGAUAUCCCUGUUCCUACAACAACUUCACCCACAGGAACGCUUUUUAAGUCCUUGCAGGCAUUGAAUAGUUUAGAGGACAAAACGCAAAUAAUUGAGUCACUAGAUGACUGCUUCCUCGAGAUUAUUGAUCGUCUUAAUCAAGAGAAUCAAUCACUAUCUUCCCUGAAAACUUCUAUGACUACUUUGGGGAUUUUGACUGAGAUUGACGAAAUUGUUGCGUCGAACGAUGCUUCGCAUAUACGGGAGGCGUGGCACAGGCUAAUACGUCGUAACACGUGGUUAAAAUCAGAAAGUCGCCAACCGCAUUUGAAGAAGAUGACGAACUUAAAUUCUAAGGAUGCUCGACUUCUUGAGGCUAAGUGCAUAAGGGAAUCCCUCAAGAUCAGUAGAGAGCACGAAAUAUCCCAGGCAUCUCUCCAAUGCGCCAUGUCGCUAUCAAAGCUAGUUCAACCCAGUGCUGAGUUAGGGGUUAGAAUUGAUGCAGCGGCCGCAUUUGAUCUCGCAAAUGUUCUCUGGGAUCAAGGAGAAAUGAAAACUUCCAUCCAAAUUCUACAAGGUUUAAGUAGUCAAAAGGAUUUACACAGUCAGGCUAUUCCUGUGAGCGUAGCGGAAAUACUGGCCAGUUUGGGACAUCAUAUUGCCGAGGCAAGGUUAGAACAGCCAGAUGCCAUAAUUCAAAGCUACCUUGCACCUUCCAUCAAAGAAUUGAAGGGAGAAUACCAUGGCGCAGAAGCAGGACUUGUGUUCCAUCAAUUUGCGGCUUUUUGUGACCAGCAACUACAAAACCCGGAUAUGCUCGAGGACUUUGUCAGGCUUGAACACCUGCGGUCUAGAAAGUUAAAGGAGGUAACUGACCUUGAGGACAUGAUGAAAACCUCUGAAGGAAAGGCGAAAGAUCAACUUCGUGUGUAUCGCACCAAAGCAAAGCAGUGGUUUGAUUUGGAUGAUCGCGAGUACCAACGAUUGAAGAAGAGUCGGGAAGUCUUUUUAUAUCAAUGUCUUGAAAAUUAUCUCCUGUCUCUGACAGCAUGUGAUAAUUUCGGAAACGAUGUUCUCCGCUUCUGUGCGUUAUGGCUUGACAAUUCAGACAACCAACUGGCAAAUGAUGCUGUGUCAAAACAUUUACCUGAUGUACCCAGCCGAAAAUUUGCAACCUUAAUGAACCAGUUAUCUUCGAGGUUACUUGACGACUCGGAUGCAUUUCAGCCAUUGCUAUCAGCAUUGGUUCUCCAGAUCUGUGUUGACCACCCGUACCAUGGCAUGUAUCACUUGUUUGUUUGCAGUAGGUCUAAGAAGGACAAUGAUCCAAAGGCUAUUUCACGCUACAAUGCAGCGGGAAAGAUUGUGGAUAGGUUGAAAAAGUCCAAGAGGUCUGCAGAAUGGCUGGCAAUUCACAAUACCAGUUAUCACUACUUAAAUUUUGCAGCGGAGCCAGUGGAAGGGAAGGUGAAGAGCGGUACCAAGCUGGUAUUAAAGAAGACCAUUUAUGGCACACGGCUACAAAGUGCCAUAUUAAACACAAAAAUACCACCACCUACUAUGACUAUUCCUCUUAGAACUGAUUGCGAUUAUACCAAUGUCCCACAUCUCGUCAAUUUCCAGCCAACCUUUACCAUUGCUUCUGGUGUUAGUGCCCCAAAAAUUGUGACGGCCGUGGCAUCUGAUGGAGCUCGAUAUAAGCAGCUGUUUAAAUCCGGAAACGAUGACUUACGGCAAGACGCAAUAAUGGAGCAAACUUUUGAACAAGUCAGUGACCUUCUUCAGGACCACAGGGAUACUCAGCAGCGGAAGCUGGGCAUUCGAACAUACAAAGUUCUACCACUCGCAUCAAAUUCUGGAAUUAUCGAGUUUGUCCAAAACACGAUGCCAUUAAAUGACUAUUUAUUACCAGCACACCAGAGGCAUUUCCCGAAAGAUUUCAAACCUAACCAGUGCCGAAAAUUUAUCAAUGACGCACAGAGUAAAUCUCGAGACCAAAGAAUUAAAGCGUACCGUCAUGUUACAGAUCACUUCCACCCCGUCAUGAAGUAUUUUUUCAUGGAAAAAUUCCCAAACCCGGACGAUUGGUUUAACAAACGAUUGGCAUAUACUAGGAGCACUGCGGCAAUAUCUAUGUUAGGCCAUGUGUUGGGCUUAGGUGAUCGUCAUGGUCAUAACAUCUUGCUAGACACAGAAACGGGAGAGGCUGUGCAUAUCGACCUAGGUGUUGCUUUUGAACAAGGCCGCGUUUUGCCAAUUCCAGAGUGUGUGCCCUUUCGUCUGACUAGGGAUCUUGUGGACGGGAUGGGAAUUACAAAAACUGAGGGAGUAUUCAGACGCUGCUGUGAAUUUACUCUUGAGGCCCUCCGUCAGGAAUCAUACAGCAUAAUGACUAUCUUGGAUGUUCUGCGUUAUGAUCCUCUGUAUAGUUGGACAUUGUCUCCACUUCGAAGGAAAAAGAUGCAAGAUGCACAAGAUGCUGAGAACAGCACAGUCAAUGAAGGAGGAAGAAAGGCAACGAUCAAUGAACCAAAUGAGGCCGAUAGAGCCUUAACAGUCGUUCGAAAGAAGCUUGGGAAAUCGCUGAGUGUGGCAGCCACUGUUAACGAGUUGAUACAGCAAGCUACCGAUGACCGGAAUCUUGCCGUCCUGUAUUGUGUGGCGCUAAACAUGCUCUAUAGGGUGGGCCGCUCCUAUUACCUCGUAGAGGAUUACCAAUAA